AUGUCGCAUUCCUUCGUUGAUGUUAUCACACCAAAAACAUCUCGUGCAAAGCACCUUGGUUAUAUCUUACCUAAUGGCGUAAAGUGCAUUAUUAUUCAUGACCCUAGUGCUAAAAUGCCAGCAGCAGCAAUGUGUAUCCAUGCUGGACAGCUUAACGACCCAGAGUGCCUUCCGGGUCUUGCGCACUUUUGUGAGCACAUGUUGUUCAUGGGGACUGCAAAGUUCGAGAAGGAAGACGAGUACCACUCAUAUAUUUCGAAGCACAACGGCUUUUGCAAUGCUUUUACGGCUGACUGCGACACGGUUUACUAUUUCCAAGUUAGCGAUGAAGGCUUUGAGGGUGCACUCAACCGCUUUCUGGAAUUUUUUGUGGCACCUAGUUUCAACGCCAGCGCUGUGGGUAGAGAGGUUCAAGCAGUGCACAGCGAAGACGAAAAGAACCACAGUGUGGAUGAAUGGCGCGUCGAUGAGUUAUUCCGUACACUGCAUAACCAGAAGCACCCACGAUAUCGAUAUGGUAAUGGUAACGUCACAACCUUGGUUGAGGAACCGAAGCAAAUGAAUACAGAUCUUCGAGAAGAACUUCAAAAGUUUUAUUCCAAAUACUAUCUCUCAGGGGCAUCCUGUAUCGUGGUGUACAGUGCAUUCACUCCUUUGGAUGUAUUAAAGCUUAUUGAGACCCCUCUUAUGAAUAUGAGGGUUGGUGGACCGCCCUCUUUUCAUUUUCUUGAGGAUGGUGAUACCCUCUUUGAGAAGUCGUUGGCUCCUUCGUGGGUCAAUAUUCAAACGCUAAAGAAAUCCCGUCAGUUGCAUAUUUGUUGGCCUGUCCUUUCAUCCGUCAAGCUGUGGAAGUCCGUGCCAUCGUCCUACAUAUCUUACGUGCUGGGGCAUGAAUGCAACAACUCAGUUUUCGGUGUCCUAAAAUCACGAGGUCUUGCCACCAGCAUGGUUGCUGGGACGAGAAGGGUGGACGAUGACUUUGAAUACUUCUAUGUCGAGGUCGCCCUCACCUUGAAAGGGUUUAGACAUAUAAACGAGAUUAUUGUCUUGAUCUACCAGUGCAUCGGGCAAUCUAUCCAGGCAGGGAUUCAAAAGAGUGUGUAUGAGCAGAUUAAGAAUGAGGAAAGGUUGCGGUUCGAAUCUUGCGAAGUGAACAGUCCAACUUCGCAUUGUAUCGGGUUAGCGAUGGCGGGGCUGAUAUGCGACCUGAAGCAUGCAUGGAUUGGUUGUCAGGUGGUUUUGGAGGACAACUACGAGGAGUGCCUGAACUAUGCCAGGCAGCUGACACCAAAGAAUAGCAUCAUCUUCCUUAAGUGGUCUGGAUUUCCCGCCUCUGAUGAAGUCAAAGCUGAUAAGAAUGGCUUCACAGCUGUCCCUUCUGCUGAAGAGGAGGUAGAGGAGGAAGAAGCUCCUGUGCAGACUGAGGGGGAAGAUGCCACUCCUGCUGAGGAUCUCUUUCGAUGUCUCCCGAUUUUUGCUCAGCAUAUGGUUGACAAGGUUACACGAUUUCAUAAGGCUACAUACUCUCGGAUGCCUAUACCUAAUGCUGAUAUUGAUGCCUGGAUGCAGGCGCUGCAGCCGCCGUACCCGGAAGAGCUUGGUCUGCCCACAUCAAAUCCUUACUUAACAACCGAUUUCACGGUUUUCCCACCGGAAAGUGACGAGCCUGCGAAGCCGGUAUCGUACUCCUUUCAGAACGGGACUGUUGUUGUUCGUAAAGAUAAUGUCCAUCACAACACCUUUACAUGCGCCAUACGAUUGGUUACACUUUCACCGGUCUCGUACAAGUCUCCCCUGAACCGAAUGUACAUGCAAGUCGCGUGCUUUAUUCUGAAGGAUGUCCUGACCGAGUUGAGCUACUAUGGCGAGCUGGCAUCCUUGUCCAAUAAUCUGGUUGCAGGCCCAGGAGGUAUUGAUGUCACCAUCUGUGGACCGUACCAGCAUAUUAUUCGUUUUUUCCAUGAUAUUUUAGCAAAGCUUUUCGAUGCUGAGGCGUUGGAGGGGACGAGCGAUAAAUAUUGCAAUUAUGCUGAGCAAUAUUUGCGAAAGCUUCAGAGUAGAAAAACCUCGCAGCCGUUUCAGCUGUGCUUAGAAAAGCUUUCGAAAAUAUCGUCUUAUUUGUUAUUCACUUUUGAGGAUAUCCUCGAGGUUGCUUCAUCCGCUUCAUACGACGGCUACAAGGCCUUCAUAUCGCAGUAUCUGGGCGCUGGAUUUCUGUUUGAAUGCUUUGUCGCUGGAAACGUUCCCAGCGCCGAAGGGAUUAAGCACGUGCUUGCGAAUGAAAUCGAAAUGACCCUUUCCGGCCUCCCAUCUUCUGUGCCGUCUGCAGAGUCGAUCCCGCGUUUCCGCGACUCCCUUGACCUCACCUCAAAUGCGGAGAGCCCUCCCUUUGGUAUCGUCACCACCUUGGAUGUAGUUGCCUAUCCUCCGUUUACUUGUUCAGAUCCCAAUGUGGUUGUCACACUCAAUAUCUGCACUGGAGUUGCCACUGCACGCACUACGGUUCUCACCAAAAUGGCAGCAAAAUUGCUUUCCUCUCGAUUCUUCGAUGCAUUGCGAACUAAGGAAAUUCUCGGAUAUGUGGUAUUCUGUCAUGCUAGAAUCACAGAAAUGAGUGCUCACGUGAUUUUUUCUGUGCAAAGUGCUCUUGAAGAUGUUGAUUCGCUAUACUUGCUGUCACGUAUCAUUGCCUUCCUGUCUGCUGUCGAGAAUAAUCUCGACCAUAUCUGUGGUGAGGAUGAUUUCAAGGAUAUUAAAACAGGCCUAAUUCAGUCUUUGGAAAAGCUUCCAGACUCAGUGUAUUGUGAUGCCGAAUCUUUGGAAGACGAUUAUAGGAGCGCCAGCGGUUUAGACAACAAAGCAGAGCAGAUUGAUGCGAUUAAGUCAAUUACAUUAGAUGCGUUAAAGGAAUUUUUCCAUUGCUACCUCUUGAAUCGCCGUACCAACGCCUGUGGGCUUGUCGUCAUCGUCGAUAGUGCGCGUUGCGCAGCUGAGAACCCUUUCAAUACGGAGGGCGCGGCCGGUCGGAAGUUCGCGUUGAAGCUUCCACCGAAGCGUACGGGUAGCACAGACGAGACCCCAAAGGAGCUCACUGAGGGUGACUUGGUGCUUCCCGCUUUUGAGGAGGGCACAGCGCAUGUGGAGGUCCAUUGCAUCGAUACCAUCGCGUCAUAUAGACAAGACCGUCCAGUUUUGCGGAGUCACACAUUUUAA